AUGCCGGAGGGGAUGUUUUCACUGUUCAGCCACUGGGGGUGGGAUCGGCACAUUCCGUCCGUAACUGCGCCCUUGUUUCAUUCAGCUUCCAGGGCGCAGCCGGUGCUGACUCAGCCGGCCUCCAUUUUGGUGUUCCUGGGACAAACAGUGAAACUCUCAUGUGCCCUGAAUCCUGGGUACAACAUCCGAGAGUUCGGAGUCGCCUGGUACCAGCAGAGACCUGGCAGCUCUCCGAGGUACCUGCUCUAUUACAAUUCGGAGUGGGACAAGGACAAGCCCUCUGGAAUUCCGGACCGCUUCUCUGCGUCCAAAGACCUCGCCAGCAACGCCUGCGUUCUGACCAUCGCCGGGGUCCAGGCUGAGGACCACGCUAACUAUUACUGCUCGGUCGCAUAUCCCAUCUACUAUCUCUAGAAAUGUGGAACCAAAACCUGUGCUGGUCCCCGGGGGACUCUGAUGAGCCCCUGCUUGCAGAGCCUCGUGCUGAGGGAACCGCAGCCCUAUAAGGAAUGGAAAAAAGAAACGGCUCAUGUGCUCCACCCUUAAAUUAGCCUAGAGGUGAGGCCCCCCCGGUCAGUUAUGCUCAGAGAGCUGUGACUGAUGGUGGCUUCUUGUUUGACGGAUGUCACCUGGUGGAGCACAGAAUGCUGCGAGACACGCAGGGCCAGAUCCUGCCAGGUGCUGGCACCUGCAGCUCCUACUGCAGAGAGACCCUACCUAACGGAGCUGGUCUUUCCUGCCCGCAGGCCCUUGUCCAUCUGCUCAGAUCCCCGUCAGCUGCAUGUGGGGCACCCAGUACAACUUGACAUAAAAGCCGGACGUAAAACCCGGAUUUCUAAAGCACUAGUUCUGAUGUUCAGGAGUAUGUUAUCUGCCUUUCCUACAUAGAGCAGGCCGGGUUCUCACUUUCUCUGCUUCUGGGCUUGGGACAGGAACAAAGGAUGCUGCUGGUGGUGGAGAGAGACAGUCCCUGUAAGCUACCUGUGCACUUCCUGUAUUCGGGGCCCAUUCAGGGCUCUGCCCAGUGCCUGGUGUAAGUUAGUGCAGUCUCAGGGCUUCUCUGAUUUAUACUCAGCAUAAGUGUUUGCCAGCUACUGAUGGCUUCUUUCUCAGUUCUGUGGUUCUGAGGAAGUGUUUUUGUUUAAAUGGGAAGACAAAGAGAUUCCUGGUCUCUCAUCCCAGCUCUCUUCAAGGCCAUUAGCCCAUGGGGCUGAGAGAGAGAACUUGGUGGGAGCUUUUCCCUAAGAUGGUGGCAGCACAUCACUGCCCACGGCCGCACUCACCAUGAAACCGUGGCUGUUAGCCAACAGCAUGCACAUG